AUGGAGGCAACCAAGCAGUGGCUGAGCAACUACUUCCCCUGCUACACUCUGAAUGUGAGUGGUGGCGUCGUCAAUCCGACAGAGCGCUUGCCCGUAGCCCAGACAGUUUUCUUGUCAUUGCAGCAUGUCCUGGCUAUGUUUGGUUCUACAGUCGUCGGCCCCUUGCUGAUGGGCUUCAACCCCAACACGGCCUUGUUCUUUUCGGGCAUUGGCACCAUUCUCUUUUUCAUUUGCACGGGAGGUCGGGUCCCCUCCUAUGUCGGUUCGUCUUUCGCAUUCAUCGGUGUCGUCAAUUCGGCUACGGGGUUCAAGUAUGUGCCUGGUGGACCUGGUAACCCCAAUGCGCCACUGGCCUCUGGCGGUAUCUUGGUUGCAGGUGCGAUUUAUUUCGCUGUUGCCUUGAUCGUCAUGCUGGCAGGCCACCGUUGGAUUGAAUACAUCAUGCCCCCCGUGGUGACCGGCGCCGUCGUAGUGGCGAUUGGCUUGAACUUGGCCGGCGCCGCAUUAGCUCAGGCUUCUGCCUCCGGUUUUGACGCCUGGAUGUCAUUCACGACCGUUAUUGCCGUUGCAUUGAUCACCAUGUAUGCACCUGGUCCCUUGCGUCGUCUGCCUAUUUUGCUUGGCGGGAUUACCGGAUACCUGGUUCAUUUGAUCCUUGGCUAUUGCGGCGUUGGACCUGGCAUUGAUUUCACGGCCGUCAAGAACUCCAAGUGGUUCGGCAUGCCUCCUACCCAUGCACCCGUUUUUGAAGGAUCAGCCAUCUCUCUCAUUGCUCCCGUUGCUGUGGUACUGAUUGUUGAGAACACGGGUCACGUCAAGGCUGUCGGCGCCAUGACAGGUCAUUCAUUGGACAAGUACAUGGGUCGGGCCUUUUUGGGCGACGCUAUUGCCACCAUGGUUUCGGCUGCGUGUGGCAGCACCGGUGUCACGACUUAUGCUGAAAACAUUGGAGUUAUGAGCGUCACCAAGAUUUUCUCUACCCAGACAUUCUUGUUUGCUGCUGUGGUGGCUAUUAUUCUCGGAGUCAUCCCUGGCUUUGGCGCUAUCAUCCAGACGAUCCCCUCUGGUGUCUUUGGCGGUCUGUCGAUCAUUCUCUUUGGUCUUAUUGCAGUUACUGGCGCUCGUAUCUGGGUCAUGUCCAACGUAGAUUUCUCUCGCCCUCGUAACCUGAUUACCGCUGGUGUGUCGGUUGUCCUGGGCUGUGGUAUGGUCAAUGGUCUUGUGGUCUCGUUUGGUGUUGUUAAGAUCGAUGGUAUUGGUUGUUCGACGCUGUCGGCGAUUAUCUUGUACCAGAUCCUGCGCGAGGACUGGGGCGAUAUUUUCCGCUCCUUGGUCGGCAAGUUCAAGAAGGGUAAAGGCGCCAAUCCGGUCAUGAUGGUCGCCGACUCACCCAAGGGCGAUUUGGACUUACCCAUCUCUACUUCACGUCGUGACUCGUCCGAUGCUGAAGAGAUGGAGCUUGAGCGUCGCAGCUCGAUCGACAUCAAGAGAACUCAGUAA